AUGAUUGUUAUUAUAGGUUAUAUUAUAGCAUAUCAAUUAAUUUAUAAAAAAGGUUAUUUGGAAAUAGAGGUACCAACUGGUUCAAUAAGAACCUCUUUAUUGGCACCAUCAGUAUUUGCAACAAAUUUAACAUAUUGCAAUAAUCAAAAUCCAGGAUUAUAUCCAUACACUGAAUUAAAUUGCACUUAUUGGGAUGAUCCUUUAGUGGUGUUUCCAAUCGCUCAAGAAACUGCAUUCACAGCAAGCACUAGAGUUAAAGUUAUAAAUCAAACUUCAAAUUGUUUUUUUGAUUCACCAAAUUGUACUUUUCAAGAUAUUUCACCAGAAACCAAUAUGUAUCUUGCAGAUGUCGAAAAUUUUACAAUAUUAAUUGAUCAUACAAUGUAUGCACCAAUAUCAGGAAUACAAUACAAUGCAGAGGAGUUAGAGGGUUAUAUUCAAAAUCAAUAUGGUGAAGACAUUCAAAUAAAUCAAGGUAUCACCACAGUUGGUAUCAAAGGUAAACCAGACAUAAUAACAUUAGGUCAAUUAUUAGAAUUUGGUGGUAUUGAUUUAGAUUCACAAUCACCUUUAAAUGAAACACAUUCAAUUAGAUAUGAUGGAUGUGUAGUUUUUGUUUUUAUAACAUAUUCAAAUACUUAUACAUAUAGUACAAAUAAUAUUAAAUAUGUUUAUUCAGUUAAAAAAGUUAGUGAUACAGUUUAUGAUGUACCCGAACCAGUAAUAUUAAGUUCAUUGCAAAGUAGAUUAAUAUUUAAACGUCAUGGUAUUAGAUUAAUAUUUAUUCAAACUGGAUCAAUAGGUUCAUUCCGUUUGGAGGUUUUGGUUUUAACUCUUGCAUCAAGUUUAGGUUUACUUGCAGUUUCAACUAUUAUUGUAGAUCAAAUGGCAAUUAGAAUUUUACCACAAAGAAAGAGUUAUUCAUCACUUAAAUUCCAAGUUACAGAAAAGUUUGAAGAUGCAAUAACAAUAAUUGGAUCUAAAGAAAAGGAAAAUGACCAUGUCGAUGAUGAAAAACUAUUUUCUCAAAUAGAUAAAUUAUAG